AUGGCGAGUCCGUUUAAUCCAUUGAUUGGCCGUGGCCAAAAAACUGCUUCGCCAAGCACAUUGAGCCGCGGAGGAGCAUCCGCUACUCGUCAAGGAUCGCCUGCUGCACGAGGAGCGUCAUUGAAAGGGACAACCCGUGGUAGAGGCCGUGGCCGUGGAGCACGCGGGCAACAGUCUUCCCGUGGAGGACACGAGGAUACCUCUGUUCGUGGAGGGCGUGAAAAGCAGACUUUUCGUGGUGGACGAGGGGAUCAAGCUUCUCGGGGACGAGGGUCUCAGAGUUAUCGAGCUCGCGGCGCUGGCGCUGCUUCCCGGGGCGCGUUUGACUCGGUAACCACGACUUCCGCGACAUCAGAAAACGCCACGUCGUCCGUCGCGCAAUCGCAGAGCACUUUCUCCUCCCCUUUCGGCGGGCAGCCAGCCCCAAAGAAAUCUCCAUUUGCCGCUUUGGAGAAUGGUGCUGCGGGGAAAGUCCCUGCUUCUCUCAACCUUGCCAGUGAACAACCGAUUACGAACGUGUCCCCCUUUGCCAGCAUAAGGGAUAGUGCUGGAGAGAAACCAUCUCCUUUCGCUGAACAAUCGGCUGCCAAAAUGUCUCAUGGUCACUCGGGAAUCGGCAAUGUGGCCCAAAAUAAUUUCUUUGCUUCAAAUACGACUCAGCAGACUUGGAAGAACCCGGCCCGCCAGUCAGCGACAGUGCCCCAGGUAGAGAAUGGGUUCAUUUUAUCUUCAUACACUGAUCGCUACGAAAAGCUCAAACUCGACCGUGCGAAAGAGCGACAGCAAGCAAUUAGAGAUGGACAAAUGGCAGAUCCGGACCAGCCGACAUCUCUGCACAAUGCCAUUACCCCGGUGGGCACCUGCACGGCCAUGUGCCCUGAAUUCGAACGGGUAGAGCGGAUCGUGCAAAAGAUGGUGGAUAAAAGCGAGAAGUACCUGCACCCAACAUCAAAGACUCUGCAAAAUAUGGAAACCAAGAUGCUCAAGCGAUUUCGCCGAUCAGCGGCUGGGUACGACGCGCAGCUGCCGUCGGACAUUCGAACUCCAAGAACUCUCUUACAGACCACUAACUACCUGAUUCGGUAUAUCCUCGGUGGAAAUGAGCCACUAGGCAUUAUUCAUAAAUUCGUUUGGGAUCGCACCCGGUCUAUUCGCAAUGAUUUCUCCGUCCAGCAGCUCACGCAAGAAGAUGAUAUUCGAGUUGCAGUGCUGUGUUUGGAGCGUAUCGCCCGAUUCCACAUUAUGUCUCUUCAUCUUCUCUCCAGCCCCGCCAAUGAGGAGCCGUUCGAUCGCCACCAGGAGCGGGAACAGCUCAACAAUACUAUGUUGUCGCUCAUGUAUUACUAUGACGAUAACCGCGGACGUGUUCACUUCCGCAACGAACCCGAGUUCCGUGCAUACUAUAUCCUCUUCUCUAUUCACGACCAACGACCUGAUCUGGAAUCCCGAGUGCAGAAAUGGCCUGCCUCCUUGCUCCACUCGCCUCAAAUUCAGGUUGCCCUAGAUCUUUACGCCGCAGCGUCUAACGUAUGGGAGUACCAGGGUACUCUCGAUGCGCGUCGCCCGAACGCUAUCGCCCAAGGCUUCUUCAGUCGCUUCUUCCAGCUGGUCAAUUCACGUGCCGUUUCGUAUCUCAUGGCCUGCGUGGCAGAGAUCUACUUCAAUCAGGUCCGGCAGACCACCAUCCGUGAAAUUUGGAAAGCCCACUGUCGGUCUCCGCCGUCACAACAGCAUAGAAACGAGGAAUGGACAGUCGACCAGCUGACCAAGGUUUUGUAUAUGGAUGAUGAUGAUCAGACAAUAAAGUUUUGCGAAGAGCAGGAUCUCAGUUUUUCAGAAAACGCCAAUGGUGAGAUGUAUCUCGACUGGGGUAACCGCCCAGUUGACUCUGUCACAUUUCAAUCGUCCACCGAACACGCCUUCUCUGAAACCUAUGUUGAAGUCAAACGUUCCGGGCGAAGCUUGGUUGCCAUCGUUCUAGGAAUGACCAUCGCGGAAUCUGCUGCAAUGGGUAUGAUCGACACGUCUAGUCUGCCAGAACGUAUGCAAGAGAUGCAAGAAGCCCCUACAGAAUUUGCGACCUCGCUGGAUGAGCAAGAUGAGCAAGAUGAGCUUUUUGUGACGGAUAAAUACAACGAAGCCCCGGCUCCUACUGUGGUGAUCACCAGUCCCUCGCUAAACCUGGACUCGGAUUCGGCUACUUCGGGUACGCCCACGUUCUCUUUCAACCCUACGGCGCCUUCGUUUGCAGAGCCGGCAGAACUGGCCAAGUCGAAUAUUCUCUCUGCCAAUGAUCAGCCUUCAACUCUCUCACAGCCUCCAGCCCAGCCUUCAAACCCUUUUGCUUCCAUGUUUGGAAGCAACAAUAUGGCAAACAAGGUGCCGGAGCCAGCUGCAGCGCCCCCUUUUCAGUUUACCUCUAUGGACCCUUCUUCUACUUCUGCCCCUCCUUUCAAUCCCUUCGCGUCUAAACCUUCAUCAUCUCUAUCCACUGCUCCUACGUUCAAGCCAGCUGAAAAUGGUCAGAAUAAGAGUGCAACAGAUGAAGUACCGGUGUCUGCAGCAGCCCCGAGUCCUUUUGCUACCACUGGCGCCUUCCCUUCUCCGAGCGCUGCAAAUAUUUUCGCUUCUAAGCCAUCCUCAUCACCCUCCCCUUUCUCAUUCCCGAAACCGACUGAGCCAAGCGAGACUAUCCGUUCAUCGGCAAAUUCACCUAACCCGUUUGCUGCAUCAAUAUCUUCUUUUACUCCGCCAAAACCUCUCCUGCCAGAACAAAACGAUUCACCCGCAUUGACGAAUACAAUGGUACCCCAACAGCCGGCCUCAGUGUUCUCAGCUACGAAGCCAGUGUCUCCUCAUACAGAAGGAAAAGACAGCACUGUUUCUCCCUCGGUGAACCUUUCUGCAUCCAUUUCGACUUCCCAGUUUCCGUCGUCAAAGCCUGAGGCUGAUCAGCCACCCUCUAUAACGUCCGCAAAGCCUUCAACCACUUCCGCCAAUCAAAGUCCUGCUCCGCCUUCGAACUUGUUCAGCACUCCUGGGCUCUCUGGUUUGACGGGAUUCCAGCCCAAGCAGCCAAUGUUCACAUCCCAGAGCGCAGAAUCAUCUUCUGGUUCGAUUUUUGCGCAAAAGACAUUGGAACCACAGGAGAUCCGACCGGCUCUAUUUGGGACACCCGCGACAAUAAAUGACUCUUCUAUUUCAUUGGAGAGUGUUGACUCGAUUAGAGCCAGUAUAGAUGCCAAACAAGCUGCUAGUCAGUCCGUGCAGAAAGAUUCAAGGUCGGAGGAUGAGCCUGAUUUAUCGGUUUCACAAUUGGCACCUUUAGACUCGCGAGGGUCCUCUCAAUCAUCUGCCAGCCCCGACCUCGGAUGGCAACCUCCCAACACACAGAAUGAGGAACGAGCUGUGUGGCAACGGAUUAUUCAACGUGCAAGGGAAAAGGAGACACAGAGGAAGGAAAGGCAAAGCCGAAAGCGUUCAUUUGAAGAACAACCUUUGGCCGAGUCUACGCGAGAAGAGCCUGGCUCUAAAGCAGCCAAGGUCUCCGGGUCUACAGAGUCCUCUCCGCCCAGCAAGAAAUUUUCUCUCGCCGAGUCAUCCAUCAAGGCUCUCCCUACUCUGCCUGUUCUUGAACGCGUCCAGGCCAUCCUGGAUAAUAAGUCUGCCGUCGAGCCCGACGUCGAAUAUGUCAAGAAAAACAACCGGCAAGUCGACGAGGAUGAGAUACUUCUUAAUGCAGCCCGUAUCGCGGCUGAGCAGCUUCGUACUGGGCCCAAGAUCUUCGACAGUUAUCAUCACUAUGAAGAGCCCUCCCGGUACUCUUAUAGCCCUGCUAGCAGCAUCUCCGCAUCCACGCCUUAUGCGCAGAGCGCCUCGCCGCCGCCAUUCACUCGCCAUAACUACCAGGUGGCGUAUGCACCCGAUACGCCCUUGGGCCUAGGAAGAACCAUGUCGCGGACUGAGCAGCGAAUUCGAAUGACCGGUGGCCACGGGCUGGCCUACAAGCCGCUAAAUUUCAAGACCAAGAAAGAUAAAGCAUCAGACGGGGAAAAUAUUAAGUGA